AUGACACUCGAAGUCGUUCCCCCUUCCCGGCCUUCGCACAUUGCGACCCUCAUCAACGGUGUCGAUCGAUACAACCCCUCGAGUGAGUAUCCGACCACGAGCACGAUGAGGACAUGAGGACGACGACGCACUCGGGCUCGCAACCUCUCCUCUCCUUCAGCAUCCCCGAAAGUGCGAUCGUUUUCUGACCCCAUGAAGCUCCUCAUCACAGACUGCCACUUGUUGGAGGAAUACGUGCAGCAACAACUGUCCAACUCGUCGUACGACCUCCUGUCGAACCUCGCGCUGUUGAAGCUGUACCAGUUCAACCCUUCUUUGCUCUCCCCCUCCGCGACGCUCUCGAUCCUGUUCCUCUGCCUCGUGCACCGACCGUUCGACCCCGACUUCUCCCUCGCAUGGUCCCUCUUGGGUGACUCGUUCGUCGUCGGAGCUUCGCUGCCCCCCGCGCCUUUGGACUCGGAUGACGAAGAGGACGAACUGCCCAAGGCCGCAGCGCCUCAAGGCGAGAGGGAAGCCGCGUACAGGUUCAAGCUGUUGAGCCAAUACCUCCAAGCGAGGAGGUUCAGACUGUUCUGGUCGAGCAUCAGGGGAGCCUCGACCGAGGGGGACAAGGCGACCGAGGUGAACAAGAUUUUGGGCGAGAUGAAGGAGGCGGCCGAAGGGUGGGAGCGCGUGACGAGGGAACAGAUCGCGAUCGAGUUGGAGCAAAGCUUCAGGGGGCUGGACCAGAAGACGACCCAGGUGUUUUUGGGAUUGCAAGGUCAGUCUCGUAGCCGUCGUGAUGGUGGGACUGAAGGCCUUGAUGCUUCGAGCUCGCCAAUUUCUGUUACCCUCGCUGACUCGUGAUCAUUUUCUACGGCCUCUUGUCAACUCAGAUGGAUCGGACGAGUUGAAGGCCAUCAAGGAGCAGAGAGGAUGGACCGAUCAGGGCAAGGAACUGAAGUUCCCUAAAAACGACGGCAACUCGCCGACAUCGACCGUUACCAACGAAAAGAUCACCAUUGACCGUGAGUCGAGGGCAGAAUCGCCAUGA